GUCAGAAGUAGAAGGAGAAGCACAGAAGAACAAUCCGUAGAAGAAGAAGCAUGCUUAUGCCUGGUUGUUAGUUUACUGUCCUGCUGACGUUGGUAACCAGCCAGGAAAAGUGGGACCUGAAAGACUGGCAAAGCGGUAGCACCAGCCGGCACGGCAGCAUUAACAUAGCUAGUGUCUGUUGCCAACAUGUUGUCUGACGGAGGCUCUUUCAUGAAGGGGAUGGUCAUGGGAGGCCUCUUCUGCUUGGUGCUGUCGUUCCUGAGUAGUUUCAGUCCCAGCACUGAGUUCACGACAGAAGACCACCAUCAUCAUCACGUCAAAGCUGCAAGUAAAGAGGAGCUGAAGCACCUCUCUGACAGUCAUACUCAGGAGUUGCUCGAUCAAGUUCGAGUCUCCUGCAUCAUCAUGGUCCAGCCCAGUGUCCUUGUUUACUGGGCUACUGCUAUUGACACCUGGGCCAAACACUGUGACAAGGCCGUCUUUUACACCUCAGAGUCCUCUAAGGCGCUCGAGGCAAUAGACCUAAAUGAAAAAGAUGAUUGGGCGAGGUUACGUAAAGCUCUGAAGCAUGCUUAUGAUAACGCCGGGGAUCUGCGGUGGUUCUUUGUGGCGCAGCCCACCACGUUUGCUAUCAUUGAGAAUCUCAAGUAUCUUGUGCUCACAAAGGAUCCGAAUGAACCCUUCUACCUGGGAAACGCUAUGAAGUCAGGGGAGCUUGAAUAUGUAGCGUUGGACAGCGGCAUUGUCUUAAGCUAUGAAGCCUUGAAAAGGCUGGUGAACGUGUUUGAGGAUGAAGAAAAGUGUCCAGAAAGAGGACGUGCCCUGUGGAAGCUGGGUGAAGACAAGCAGCUGGCUGUGUGUCUCAAAUAUUCAGGUGUGUUUGCGGAGAACGGAGAAGAUAUGCACGGAAAGGGCCUGUUCAACAGCAAGACUGUUCACACCCUGAUAUCAGACAGCAUGAAGGAAAACCCCACUAAUGUAGUGGAGGGCUGCUGCUCCGACAUGGCUGUCACAUUCAACGGGAUGUCACCGAAUCAGAUGCAGGUUCUGAUGUUUGGAGUUUACAGACUUCGUCCAUACGGGCACGAUUUUCAUGACUUGGUGACAUUUUACCCUCCUGAAGGUUCAGACAAUGAUUAGAACGUCAUUCCUUCGAGCUGGGUGUGUCCUCAUAUUCUUUUGCUUCUAUGACGGCAAAUUUAAAUUUGGGGAGAUAGUUUUCUUAUGCUGUUUGUAAAACUGGAUCCUGGGAGGGAACAACACUUUUAUGUAUAUUUGUACCUUUUGUACUUGACACAAUCAGCAGCCCAUUCUUUAAGUAAACAGAGCCGAUGGGUGUGCCGCCCUUUGAAUCCAUGUGGGGCUGGGGAAUGGAUUUGACUCAUGACUUAACCGGAUUUACAGGAUUUGGUGAUUUAUGUAAUGUUAUGUAUCUUAAAUGUCUUUUUGUGGUCUUAAAUCUGCAUUGGAGGGAGAUGCAAGUUUCCAAAAAUUAUUUAACUGUUCUAAAUGCACGGCCCUCUUUACCACAAUUAACUUUUAGUUCUGCCUGGAAUAAAAAUCAUCUCUCUGAUUUAAAGAUUGUACUAGAGCACUAAUUUUCAGUAUUGACCGAGCCAUAUCAUGGUGCAGCUCUUUCUUGCCAUGUUAUGUUUGGUUAUCUCCUUGUAUGAAGAAUUGGCCUUCACAGCUAAAUAGACAAACUAUACCUCACUGUUAAAGGAGUUGUGUAUUUAUUCUGUCACAUAAAGACAAUAAAUCAAGUGGAAGUGUUACCAUUCCACUGACAUUUUUAAAUGAGGAUCAAAGUGAACAGAUGAAGUGACUUUUGGAUAAUGAAAGUAAAUAAAAUGAAUUACUGAAUAAACUUAA